AUGAGCGGCCUUAGUCGAAAGAGUUCCCAUUCAGACGACGAAGAUAUCAAGGAUUUGGCUGAGCAUGUCGAAGGCUCCUCUAUUGUUGAGUUGGACACCAUUGAAAAUACCAGGUGCAGCAAAUAUGCUUGGCUAGUCUCACUGACAGCAGCUGUUGGAGGAUUUUUAUUCGGAUACGACACCGGCAUCAUAUCAGGUAUUCUUGUAUAUCUUGGAGAUGGUCUGGGGAAACCCCUCAAUGGCAGUGAGAAGGAAUUGGUCACAUCGAUCACCUCUGGCGGUGCUUUUAUCGGUGCCGUCGUGGCCGGUCUAUGUGCCGACCGUUAUGGGAGAAAGAUGGGCAUAUAUACGGGCUGCGUCUUGUUCGUCCUCGGCGCUGUCAUCCAAGCUUCUUCCUUCUCUAUCGCCCAAAUGACCGUCGGGCGGGCGGUUGUGGGACUAGGGGUCGGUUCUGCGGCUAUGAUUGUACCGCUUUACAUAGCAGAAGUGGCACCGGCAAAAUAUCGUGGACGUAUGAUAAGCCUCGACAACCUAUCAAUCACAACCGGACAACUCGUCAGCUAUGGAAUCGGAGCUGCAUUUGCGAACGUCAACGAGGGAUGGCGAUAUAUGGCUGCAAUCGGUGCAGUGCCGGCAGUAAUUCUUUGCUUCCUCCUUCCUUUCUGUCCAGAAUCACCACGACAACUGAUUUACCACAAGAAGCGAGAUGAAGCCGCAAAGGUUAUUGCAAGGAUCUUCCCUGAUGGAACCGAGCUCCAGGUUCAGCAGAAGGUCCAGCAUAUUUCGCUCCACGUGGAAACAAAUCAAAAUACGGACAGAGCAUUGUGGUGGCAAAUCAAACAGCUAUACGUCGUUGGAUCAAAUUUCCGUGCCAUGUUCGCAGCCUGUGGACUCAUGGCAAUUUCUCAGCUAGGUGGAUUCAACUCAAUCCUAUAUUACUCCGGCACGAUUUUUGCUGCCGUUGGAUUUGACAAGCCGAUUGCAGUGGGCACUAUCAUUGCCGCGACAAAUUGGAUCUUUACUUGGAUCAAUCUGUUCCUGGUUGACCGUGUUGGUCGUCGACAGAUCCUCAUGAAUACGCUGUGGGUAAUGGCUGCAGCAAUGGCCUGCGCAGCAAUAUGCUUUCAUUGGGUACCGCUCAGCCCGAGUCUUGAAAUCACUUCCCAAAAGACCGGGUGGGCUGCAGACUUGGUCUUAGUUUCUAUGGUGGUAUUCGUUGCGUUCUACUCCGUCGGAGCUGGUAAUAUCGCCUGGAUGUCUUCCGAAUUUUACCCUAUCGAAGUUCGUGCUGUCGGGACAAUGCUUUUGACAAUGAGCUGCUGGGGCUCUAAUGUCAUCGUCUCCUCCACUUUUCUUACACAAAUGGAAAACAUCACGCCGUCGGGCGCUUUCGGUUUCUAUGCCGCGGUUUCGUUCUUCGGCUGGAUCGGAGUUUAUUUUUGCUACCCCGAAGUGAAAGGAAUGACCCUCGAAGAUAUUCGCGAGGUAUUUGAACAUGGUUUCGGUGUCGAUUUUGCCCGUCAAAAACAGAAGGCGCUCAAGCUGAAUUCGCAAAGCCAGACCCCGGAUCAAGUAUAG